AAAUUUCCAACCGAUUUAAAUUCAAAUCAUUUUUAUACAAAUUGUUAAUCAAACCAAUCAACAGAUAAUUAUAAAAGACUUCCGAUCUUUAGAUUUAAUUUAGUUUUUGGACAAUAAGUUAGAGAUUAAAAUAAGAUAAUUAAGAUAAACAUACAAUCGGUUGAUAAUAUGUCGGACAACAGUAGUGUCCGCAACAACAUCUCAGACAACACCAGAUAUGACAGUAUUCUAAAGUCUUUGAUUGAAAACCCGUACGCAUUGGAUGCCAUUUGUCGGCAAAUGGACAUAAAAUCGUUGGCCAACUGUAUUGCGGUGAACCGUGAGUUUCACGACGCCGCCCAAAAAGAGAUGGAAAGACGGCCCGGUUUGAAGCACCUGUUUUUGAGACACAAUCAGGAUAUUCAUGAAGAUAUGCGUCCGUUUGCCAAUGCGAUGACCAAUUGGAUCAACUCGUCCAUAGAAUUCAAACCGUGUUUUGCAUUCAUUCAAUUCGGUGGUUAUAAGCACUCACCGGAUUAUCGCAAAUGGAUCAACACUCUGACCAAACUGACGGCUGGCCUUCCAAAUGGGUGUCAAAUUAUGUAUUUGGAUGUCGGCCCGACUGUCCGAUUGUGCGGUCAGUCACACAAUUCAAUGACCAUUGCAACGACCUCUGCAAACAACCAAUUAGUUGUCAAUCCGAUGAUAAGAUCGAGUAUGUCGUGUUUGUUAGUUUCUGACAUAAAGGGUAUUCAAAUCAACACAUAUCGAGCAUUGGACGACAUCGUGGACACGAGUGAUAUAAAAUGCAUACUCUAUUUGAAGUCAUCCAAAGUGAUCAACCGAUCGGCGCAGUUGUCCACUAUUGUUAGGGAUGUUGACAACGAAAUACGCGUUCUUAAGCAAAGAUUCAACGGACAAGUGGUCAUCGGUGGCGGACUUAUUAGUGCCGCAAAGUGUUGGUUGAAAGGCGAACCACCUCGUGUUGUCCCCGACUUAAAAAAACCGAAUAAUAAGCGUCGAGGACUGGAUGAAACAGUUUUGACCGAUCCAUGUAUUAUAACUUUUAGAGGACCAAACAUAUUGGCGGCCAGUUUGGUCCUUCCCUCGAGUCAUUAUUAUCUCAAUAAUACCAUCUCUCAGUUCAAAGCUCGACUGAACCCACAGUUCACAAAAAACAGCCCGAAGUCUAUAACUCAGGGAAUAUUGUUUGCCAGCAAACAGAUGGCCCACAACCAGCACAUCCACGGAGUGAUCACUGCUCUCAGACAGCACUUUCCAUCCGUAGCAUUGUUUUCGUUUCGCUCUAAGAAGUUUAUGAUCGGUUCAAUUGAUCCAAUCAUUCCGGCACAGGGAGGACAUUGGGGACAAAGAUUUGCCGCUUUCAACAAUUAUCCGGACAGACCGUAUCAGAUAUUGAGUCCAAGAUUCAACUCAGUGUUAGUUCUCAUUAACUAUCAUUUCAAUUAGUAAAACAAAAAAACUACAUUCAAAGUCAUGGUCUACCAGUGCUUACAAAAUUGUUGUCCACAAUAUUUCUUAUACUUAUAUUUAAUCUCUACUUAAUUAUAAAUGUCMUCAAAAUUAUUUUGUUUGUCAAAUCAAUUUAAAUGUAUAAAUCUCUUAA